AUGGAGCUCACGAAAAACAAGAAUCGUGUUCCGGAACUAAUGGCGGAGAUUCAGAAAGCGAAGAGAGAGGGGCGGUUUACACAUCAAGUACGUCCUGGAGACCGUUAUGUAAACCUGUUAAUGGUCGGCGUGGCACUGGUAGGGGUCGUUGCGCUCGGAAACGGCAUGUACAGCCUAGUGACGGGAACAGGCAAGAAGGAGGGUUUCUAG